AGCGACGGACAGAUGGGAGCAGUUAGACAGCUGGAGACUCGGAGACCGGCACGCAGAGAGAGGGAGGGAGAGUCAGGGGAAGGAGAGAGAGAGAGGAGGGAGAGGGAGAAGCAGCCUCGUGCUCCCUUCCUCCAGACGGCCUCUCUCCUCUGUCCGAGGGAAGCGGCUGGGGCAUCGAGUGAAGAGCGACAGAGAUGCGGGCACGGAAGACGGGGAGAGGGGCCCUGCCUCGCUAGUGAGACCGAGACUCGCGGACGGACAGACCGACGCGAGGGGCAGCUCGGAGAUCUGAGCGCGGGACGGCGAGAAGCCCGCGCUGGGCUGCCAGGCUGAGCGACGGACGGCCAGACAGACAGACGUGCCCGGGGACGGACCGGCAGACAGGAGGCGGGGGCACGCUCGCUCUCCGCAGGCAGCAGGGCGGAGAAGGCGGCGGCGGCGCUCCCUGAGCGCCUCCGGAGCAGCGACGAGCAGCAGGGGCCGCGGGGUCGCCAGCUGAAGCCACCGCCGUCGCCGCAGUCCUGGCCGCCGCAGCCCUGCCAGGAGCCCCGACGACGCCGCAGAAGGCUCCUUUUACUAGCAGUUAAAUAAACCCACCAAUAAUAACAAUAAUACUAAUAACCCAAGCCAAACCAAACAAAUACAGCCAAAUCGAUCCGUGAGAAACAAUAAUAUUAAUAAAAGCCAAAAACUAAAUCAGAUCAAUCAAGGCACCGAGACGCUGGGGGGAUAUCCACUGUUCGGUCAAGGUGGAUGAUGUGUCAGGCUGUGUAAGGGAAUCGCAUGGAGAUGGGCGUUUUGAACUGUUAAUGGGGACAUGGGACUCCCGCUGUCUCUGAUCCCUCGUGUGGAUUUUCCCGGCGUAGAAGGACAGAAGCCGCUCGUAAGUCGCCAAGACCGACAGCAGAAAUUCUGCGCAAAAGGGUGUCAAAUCUUGUUAUUUUAAUUUGCAUCUGGGAGAAUGUCUGAGCCAGGAGACCUGAGUCAGACCAUAGUGGAGGAAGGCGGGCCUGAGCAGGAGACGGCCACUCCAGAGAAUGGCGUGGUUAAAUCCGAAAGUCUGGACGAGGAGGAGAAACUGGAAUUACAGAGGCAACUAGCGGCUCAGAACCAAGAGAGAAGAAAAUCCAAGUCAGGAGCAGGGAAAGGUAAACUGACUCGCAGCCUUGCUGUCUGUGAAGAAUCCUCAGCCAGACCAGGAGGGGAAAGUCUUCAGGACCAGGAAUCAAUUCAUUUACAGCUUUCCAGUUUUCCCAGCCUGCAAGAGGAUGAUAAAUCUAGGAAAGAUGACUCUGAAAGAGAAAAAGAAAAGGAUAAAAACAAAGAUAAAACCUGUGAAAAACCCAAGAUCAGAAUGUUAUCAAAAGAUUGCAGCCAAGAAUAUACGGAUUCUACAGGCAUAGACUUACACGAGUUUCUGAUUAACACAUUAAAGAAUAAUUCCAGAGACAGGAUGAUACUCUUGAAAAUGGAGCAGGAAAUUAUUGAUUUCAUUGGUGACAACAAUAAUCAUUAUAAAAAGUUUCCUCAGAUGUCGUCCUAUCAGAGGAUGCUUGUCCAUCGAGUGGCAGCUUACUUUGGGUUGGAUCACAACGUGGAUCAAACAGGGAAAUCUGUCAUCAUCAACAAAACCAGCAACACAAGAAUAGAAAAGAUGUAUGCUCAGGCUGUAUCAUUUGGAGACGAGAAACCAUCUACUUUCACUAGUAUUUUCCAAAGGGCCAAGAUCAGUCAUAGGCAGAGAAAAUCCCACGUGUAUCUGAAUGUCUUCGCAUAUGUCAGAGUAACCAGUUUACUAGCUCCAGCCAUGGUGAACAGCAUGCAGCAAACAAGACUCCGAAUUCCAAACAACCAAAGACCAGAGCAAAGGUUUUGUGAACAUUUAAAAGAUGAAAAAGGUGAAGAAUCCCAGAAGCGGUUUAUCUUGAAGCGAGAUAACUCUAGUAUUGAUAAAGAAGACACUCAGCAAAACAGAAUGCAUCCAUUUAGAGAUGACAGACGAAGUAAAUCAAUUGAAGAGAGAGAAGAGGAAUAUCAGAGAGUGAGGGAGAGAAUAUUUGCACACGAUUCAGUUUGCUCCCAGGAAAGCCUUUUUGUGGAAAACAGUAGGCUCUUGGAAGACAGUAACAUAUGCAGUGAGACCUAUAAGAAAAGACAGCUCUUUCGGGGCAACAGAGACAGCUCGGGGAGAACAUCUGGAAGUCGGCAGAGCAGCUCGGAGAAUGAACUCAAGUGGUCCGACCACCAAAGAGCCUGGAGCAGCACAGAUUCUGACAGCUCCAAUCGCAAUCUCAAGCCUGCCAUGACCAAGACGGCGAGUUUUGGGGGCAUCACGGUGCUGACCAGGGGUGACAGCACAUCCAGUAGCAGGAGUACCGGGAAGCUGUCCAAAGCAGGUAGUUCUGAGUCCUCCAGCAGUGCAGGCUCCUCAGGAUCGCUGUCACGUACCCAUCCACCUCUCCAGAGCACACCGCUGGUCUCGGGCGUGGCAGCCACUUCUCCCGGCUGUGUGACCUACCCAGAGAAUGGGAUGGGAGGCCAGGUCGCUCACAGCAGCACCAGCUACAUCCUCCUUCCACUCGAAGCUGCCACAGGCAUCCCACCUGGAAGCAUCCUUCUUAAUCCACAUACAGGUAUCUGGAUGAGGGAGUCAGAGGCUCUGUCUCAAAGUUAUCCCUGGACCACAUCUUCAUCCUUGCCAGGCCAGCCCUUCGUGAAUCCCGACGGAACCCCCGCCAUAUACAACCCCCCCACCAGCCAGCAGCCCCUGCGAAGCACGAUGGUGGGGCAGCCCCAGCAGCAGCCCCAGCAGCAGCCCUCCCCGCGGCCCCAGCAGCAGGCCCAGCCACCCCAGACGCAAAUGGCAGGCCCACUGGUCACUCAGUCUGUCCAGGGGCUGCAGGCUUCCUCCCAGUCAGUGCAAUACCCAGCUGUGUCUUUUCCUUCCCAGCAUCUCCUGCCCGUGUCUCCGACGCCGCAGUUCCCCAUGAGAGAGGAUGUGACCACGCAGUUUGGCCAGAUGAACCUGAGCCGGCAGUCCUCGGGGGAGACUCCCGAGCCCCCAGCCGGCCCUGUCUACACACCAUCCCUCCUGCCGCAGCCCACCCAGCAGCCAAGCUAUGUCAUCGCCUCCACAGGCCAGCAGCUCCCAACGGGAGGCUUCUCGGGCUCUGGCCCUCCCAUCUCCCAGCAAGUCCUCCAGCCCCCUCCCUCGCCCCAGGGAUUUGUGCAACAGCCUCCACCCACACAGAACAUCACCAGCUCAACUCAUCUCGCUCUUCUGGUCCAUACUGAUAUUCCCAGCCUACAGGACCCAGCUUGUGGCAUUCAUCAGUUGUGUGAAGUCUUGGGAGCUCAGAAAAUGCCUGUAUAUUAUUAUCCAUCUGGUCAGUACCCUACCUCAACCACGCAGCAGUACCGGCCCAUGGCCUCUGUUCAGUUCAGUGCUCCGAGGGGCCAGCAGAUGCCACAGACAGCACAGCAAGCAGAUGCAUUCUAUCUACUAAUCCGCAAUAAAUAUGAAAAACUCAUCAUUUCACAGCUAAGAAUUGACAAACUGGAACACAUUUCUCAUUUGAAUGGACGAGAUAAGCAGGUUGCCACCAGCCAGUGCUGCCACCUCCACCUUCAGCCAGAAAUAAGGCACCAUUACACGGACUUGGAAGUGUGUUCACAUUGCCUGCUCCUUGUUAUAGAACUAGGAAAUGGUUACCAGCCGCUCUUGUCUGGUCAACAGGGGUUCCAAGGCCUCAUGGGGGUGCAGCAGCCGCCUCAGAGUCAGGGCAUGAUGAGCAGCCACCAGGGAACUCCAGUGCAAAGCGUGAUGCUCUCCUACCCAACCAUGUCUAAUUAUCAGGUGCCAAUGACCCAGGGUUCUCAAGGACUGCCCCAGCAGUCGUACCAACAGCCAAUCAUGCUACCUAACCAGGCAGGCCAAGGGUCCCUCCCAGCCACUGGAAUGCCUGUGUACUGUAACGUCACACCGCCGACCCCUCAGAACAACCUUAGGCUGAUGGGCCCUCACUGUCCCUCCAGCACUGUCCCCGUGAUGUCAGCCAGCUGCAGGACCAACUGUGCCAGUAUGAGCAAUGCUGGGUGGCAGGUCAAGUUCUGAGCACUCUGGCUAUGGUACAUGUCUUCAGAUACUACUCAUGGCCUUUAAGGGAGGAGGAGCAAGGUGCGAAAACUCACUGAGGACUUAAGUAUUCACUCAAUACCCAAAUGACUGCUGCUGGUAUUCUGUAAAAAACAAAACAAAACAAAAAAAACAAAGACUAAUCCACACAUUAGCUGGUUAAUGGUGCAUAUUUCCGUCAUGUCUGCUAGGUAUGCCUUUCUAGCUUAGCUAGUGACAUGAAUUCAUCAAGGUAAGAUUUUCUCCUACCACUGAAUACCACUGUGUAGAUGAUAAUAUCCCUAAUUUGGAUUAUUAGUUUUGUACUUUGUGUUGACUUUGUGAUGCUAAAAGUAUUUAAAAAUUAUAUACUGAAAUCACAUUGUACCAAAGCUGUAAUGGAAAAGAACUGAUGAAUGGAAGGAAUAAUUUAUAUACACUAUAGAGUUUUCUUUUUUUAAUGGAUAUAUACUGUAUUGUAGUGUUUAAUCAAAAUAAAACUAUUUGACCUUAUGGAGGAAGGUCAUGUUUU